UUACUGUUUUCUCUCAAACUCACAGUUUGAUCUUUGGAUAAUGAAAGUAUUCAUUAUAUUAUCGCUCAUUAUCAAAGUGGUGUGUCCCGCAGUUCACAUGCAUCAUGUCUUCGUCUACGGCACACUGAAAAAAGGCCAGCCCAACCACUCUAUAAUAAACAACAGAACCAUUGGUCAAGCCGAAUUCCUCGCUCACGCUCGAACCGUAGAGCGAUACCCACUCGUGAUCGCCACCAAAAACAACUACCCCUUCCUGCUCAAUGUGCCUGGUACAGGUCAGCGCGUCCACGGCGAGCUCUACUCCGUAGACCAGAAGAUGCUGGACUUCCUGGAUGAGUUUGAAGAAUGCCCUGAGUUGUACCAGCGCACCAAGGUCCGGCUGGAGGUGCAGGAUGGGGACGGUGACGUAGAAAACACACUGAAGCCUGAAGCGUUUUUGUACAGCAGGAAUAAAUAUGAACCUGAGUGGCUCCAGAAACCAACAUACGAGAAUUAUGAUACGAACGGUGAUCACGGACUGCAAUAUCAUGAGGACACAAGCCCUGAGUAAUGACUGUACAGGUGCUGCCUACCAGGGUCCAAAAUUGACAUUUUACCAACGUGUCAGUGUCACGUCAAUUUACCAUUUAGAUUUUUUGCACUUAUGUGUGUGUUUUCUUAUGAGUAUGUGACUGUUUAGCUGUUUAAUUUAAUUUAUUUUAAUUACAUAUAAGUGACAAAAGUAUCAAAGCCUGGAAGAGCUAUUUUAUUUUAUUUUAUUUUUCAUGUAUGGAAUAUUUCAUAUCACAGAGAAGAAGAAACAAUCCUAGAGAAAUUUUAGAUCAAUCUAGGAUUAUUAUAUAUAUAUAUAUUUAUAUAUAUAUAUUUUUUUCCUUUUCUGCAUUUAAUUUAAUGGCAAGUUUUUGUUAAGUGUUAAUUUUUCGGACCCUGAUUUUUAAUGUUGUAUAUAUUCAGAUGGUAUAUUAAUGUUGUGAUAUAUAAAUAUGUGGUACCAUAUAAAAGUACCAGGGAAGGGAAAAUUUGUAAGGAUAUAUACAUUCAAAUAACUACAAAAGAUUCAACUGUAAAAGGAACUGGGAACAAUCUACUAUAAUAUUUUUAAAAAGUUAUGGAAUCUUAAUCUUGAAUAAAUGUGGUGCACUAGCAAA